AUGUUCUCUCCCACUUGGAUCGUUUCGGCUCUCGCGAUUUUGGCCGUCGUCACAAUGGCCGCCGAGACACCGGCUCAAGCUGCAAAGCCAGCCGACGUCAAAGACGCGCCAGCCGCCGCCCACUACGGUGGAGGAUACGGUGGACCAUCGUACCAACAGCCACAGUACCCAGUCUACCAAUUCCCGAACUUUGACGUCAACUAUUGCUCCGUUCACGCCUCGUUCCCACUCGUCGGACUCAGAAAACACCACGGAGGACACCACGGACGUGGAGACCGUCACAAGAGACAAUCCUACGGAGCACCAGCUCAGGACUCGAACAACGGAUACGGAGCACAGACUUUCGAUUCCCCAGCCACCUCGUACAACCCACCAGCCUACGGACCACCAUCAUACGUCCAAAGACCACGCCCAUUCGAGCGUCAAGGAUGUAGAAAUACGGCGAUCUACUCGCGCAAAGCGUGCCACAACUGCUGUCAAAUCUCGUCUCGUGCCUCUGGAAACACUUCGCCAGUCGUCGGAAUCCUGAUGAUCUUCGAUCCAAAACUGUCUGCUGACAAGAAACACCACAAGAAGGAUGAUGACGUCAACUCACCAGAUCGGGCCAUCCAAUGCGUCUGCUGCACUUCCAGAAGAGUCUAA